AUGACUACUUCAAACUUCAGAUACAUCGACCGAGACUCAUACGUCGAUAGCGAUGUGGCUUUUGUAAAGCCUUGGGGCAAAGUCGACGGCCCUGGUUACUCAUUUAAACUGUCCGACCACGAACGAGCAGUUGAGGACAUACGUGGGCAAGAAUCCAAGUUCUCGACAGACACUUCUGGCUUCGCAGUAUAUGAAUACCCUGCCCAGGAGAAAGCGUUCACGGACGAAUCCAAAGUUCGAGAGGAAUACUAUGCCGAGGUCGAGGCGGUAUUGCGCAAGAAGUUACCUGGAAUUAAAAAGGUGGUCAUCUUUGAUCAUACAAUCAGAAGAAGGGAAAAGGCGUCGCCUCGCCAGCCAGUACAGCAGGUCCACGUCGAUCAAACGCCCGGCGCUGCGGAGGUUCGAGUUCGGAGACAUUUGCCUGCCGACGAGGCUGAAGAGCUGCUGAAAGGGCGCUAUCAGAUCAUCAAUGUGUGGCGACCCAUUGCCAACCCAGCUUCAGACUAUCCUCUGGCCGUGAUCGACUGGAGGACGACAAAGCCUGCGGACUUCGUCAAGAUCGAUCUAUUAUAUCCCAAGAGAGAAGCCACGAAUGGCACAAAUGGCACAAAUGGCACCCACGAUGAUGACGAUCGGGGCAAAGAAGUUGCUCCAGACCCGAACUCGGCCAGUUCGACGGUUGGAUAUGAAGUAAAGGGCGAGACCUAUGCUGUUGCACCGAGCGACGAUCACAAGUUUUACUAUAUGAAAGACAUGACGCCAGAGGAAGUCAUGUUCAUCAAGUGUUUCGACUCUUUCAGCCAGGUGAACGGUGGUAAAAAGGGACUGGCAGAUUGCACUCCUCACACUGCUUUUGUUGAUCCACAAACACCAGCAGAUGCACCGGGCAGACAGAGCAUCGAGGUCAGAUGCUUGGUGUUUUACGAAUAA